GAGCGAGAUCUGUUUUGAUAUUCAUAAAAAAGAAAAGAAAAGUAAAAGUCCUAAUUCCUCUUCAAUAAACUAAAUAAAUACCGCUUUUUGGCUCAGCCGUCUCUAUUUCCAAUAUUUUUUUCUUUAAUUUUAUUAUUUUUGUUCUUCGUUUAGUUGAUUACUUUGUUUGAAGAUACAGUCAUGGCGUAUGCAUCUCAUGCAAUCAAUCACUCGAAAAAGUUGAGAAAUGUUUCCAACUUACUGCGACAUGAGCAUGCUAGUUUGGCUCGGUGUUUUUCAAAUGACACUCGCUUCUCUGUCAGUAAAAAGGACGAUGCUGGGAAUGCUCGUCACCAUGGCCUUAUGCCUGCUGAAAAAAUGAGGUUCUCUAGCAGCACUGCUAAUACCACUGUAUCAUCAUUUGGUGCAUUUAAGAAAAAUACUUCUAGGAUGAUAAUGCAAGUAGGGAAUCCGAUGGCUGCACCUCUACUCUCGAAGGAGUUUUCUUGUUCACAGGUACAGUCAAGGAGAGGAUUUUCAUCUGAUUCAGGUCUUCCUCCACACCAAGCGAUUGGAAUGCCUUCUCUCUCACCUACAAUGACAGAGGGUAAUAUAGCAAGGUGGUUGAAGAAAGAGGGUGACAAAGUUUCACCUGGUGAAGUGCUAUGCGAAGUUGAAACUGACAAAGCAACAGUUGAGAUGGAAUGCAUGGAAGAAGGUUUCCUUGCAAAGAUAAUAAAGGGUGAUGGAUCAAAAGAAAUUAAAGUUGGUGAGAUUAUUGCUAUUACUGUUGAAGAUGAGGAUGACAUUGCCAAAUUUAAGGAUUACAGUCCUUCAGCAUCAGAUGGUGCUGAUGCAGCUAAAGAACCUUCUUCCACCCCACCUCCCCCACCCAAAAAGGAGGUGGUUGAGGAAUCAGUUAGAUCACCAGAACCAAAGAUUUCCCAGCCCAGUGCAGCUCCUUCUGGAGAUCGAAUUUUUGCUAGUCCUCUUGCAAGAAAAUUGGCUCAAGAAAACAAUGUACCUCUCUCAAGCAUUAAAGGAACUGGUCCUGAUGGUCACAUUAUAAAGGCUGAUGUCGAAGAUUACUUGGCUUCAAGUGGGAAGGAAGUUUCUGCAAAAGCACCUAAGCCUGCUGCAUUAGAUUAUGUUGAUAUUCCUCACUCCCAAAUACGGAAGGUGACAGCUUCACGGUUAUUGUUCUCAAAGCAAACUAUUCCUCACUAUUAUUUAACCGUAGAUACAUGUGUCGACAAACUUAUCGAUUUGCGGAGUAAACUAAAUUCAUUACAAGAGGCCUCAGGUGGGAAGCGUAUAUCUGUAAAUGAUCUUGUGAUCAAGGCUGCUGCUUUGGCUCUUAGGAAAGUUCCCCAAUGCAACAGUUCAUGGACUGAUAACUAUAUUCGCCAGUAUAAUAAUGUCAAUAUUAAUGUAGCAGUACAGACGGAUAAUGGACUAUAUGUCCCAGUUGUUAGGGACGCAGACAAGAAAGGCUUAUCUAAAAUUGCUGAGGAGGUCAAGCUUUUGGCCCAAAAAGCCAAAGAGAAUAGCUUGAAACCAGAAGAUUAUGAGGGAGGCACAUUUACUGUGUCAAAUUUGGGAGGGCCUUUUGGCAUCAAGCAAUUCUGUGCCAUUGUCAAUCCUCCUCAGUCAGGCAUUUUAGCUGUUGGCUCUGCUGAGAAGAGGGUUGUACCUGGUUUGGGUCCCGAUGAAUUCAAAUUUGCUUCAUUCAUGUCAGUAACGCUAAGUUGUGAUCAUCGUGUUAUAGAUGGUGCAGUAGGUGCAGAAUGGUUAAAAGCAUUUAAGGGCUACAUAGAGAAUCCAGAAUCAAUGUUGCUGUAAAUCAAUUUCUAGUUGUUUUGUCAUUUCCUUGUAUACCUUUUCCUGAACACAAGGCAAUUGUGUUCCAUACUUCGACAUUGAGCUGCAUUUGUUUUUUUUGCAACCGGUUCAUCAAAUAGGAACUCCUGUAGUUUUUUGGGGUUCAACAAUGGUUGGGUGGAAUAAGAGCAUUGGGUUGUUUGGAGGCAGUGAACUGCAACUCAGUCAAUUUUGCUUUUGCACAGUGCUUUAACGUACUUUUCCAGGGGUUAUAUCUUUUAUCGAAUAGAUUUGUUUUUUUGGUGAUCCAAUAGCCGAUCCUAAUAAUAACCUUCCGUUCAAAGCUUUGGUUCACUGGAUGAAGUUUUUGGUGAACUAACUUAUAAUUGUAAUUUCGUUUUUUUCUGUUUGUAAAUUCGGUGAGCCUAUCACACGGGCCAAAGACUUUUCACAUUUGUUCAGAUUCGACGAUAAUAAACUUUAUUUGAUAUUU